UACACCUUUUUCCUGAUGGAUUUUUUGAUAACCGUUCGAGCAAAUAUCAUCUGCAGUUAUUUGCUGAUACUGGACCGGACAAACUGGAAAACAAAUAUGCUGACUGGACUUCUAGUCCCAUAUAUUUUCUUCAGUUUCCCUGCAGUGUUAUUCCACUUCUUCAGAGGAGAGGUUGGGAAAUGGAUUGCUUUCGUUGCAGUAGUGCUCAGGCUUUUCUUCCCACGACAUUUUCCAGACUGGUUGGAAAUGCCUGGUUCAUUAAUCCUACUCCUAGUGGUUGCACCCAACAUCUUUGCCCACACUCUCAGAGACAGUUGGAUUGGCACUGCGAUAUGUCUUUUGAUUGGCUGCUAUCUCCUCCAAGAGCACAUCAGAGCCUCCGGUGGAUUCAGAAAUUCCUUCACACAAAGUAAUGGUAUAUCUAACACAGUUGGUAUAAUCCUUCUGUUGGUCUAUCCAAUCUGGGCUCUGCUAUUUCGAGUCGUUUGAUGAACUAUAGCUGCAACAAUCAUAUGUGUGUUUCGUCCACGAAUUUCAAUGUUCAAUGCUGCAAGCAGACCUCUGAAUAAAUGGAUUUGGUUUUGUUUAAACAUUUCUGGUUAUGUGAUUAUGUACUUUUGACAUAUAAAGUACUUAUGGUUGAUGGAUUUAA